AACUGGCCCCUUCUGUCUGCUGAAUCAGAACCUCUGGUGAUGGGGCCCUUCUGGCGAACAAAGUCUCAGCCCUCAGUUGGUAUUGGACAGGGUUUCUAUUUUUCAUGCCGCGGAUUUAUUACUGGGGCCUCCACCCAGCUUGGCGGACUUUCGACUUGGAGCCGGGAGGAGAGGGACAGAACAGGCGGUUGUGGGAGCCGGGAGCCCACAGGCGACAGCCUGAGGCCCUGCGAUGAGUACAAGGAAUGCUUCUCCCUGUAUGACAAGCAGCAGCGGGGGAAGAUAAAAGCCACUGACCUCAUGGUGGUGAUGAGGUGCCUGGGGGCCAGCCCGACACCUGGAGAGGUGCAGCGGCACCUGCAGACUCACGGGAUCGACAGAAACGGGGAGCUGGAUUUCUCCACGUUCCUGACCAUUAUGCACACGCAAAUAAAACAAGAGGACCCAAAGAAAGAAAUCCUCUUGGCCAUGUUGAUGGCAGACAAGGAGAAGAAAGGCUACAUCAUGGCGUCCGAGCUGCGGUCAAAACUCAUGACACUGGGGGAGAAGCUCACCCACAAGGAAGUGGACGAUCUUUUCAGGGAAGCAGAGAUUGAGCCAAAUGGCAAAGUGAAGUAUGAUGAAUUUAUCGACAAGAUCACCAUCCCUGUGCAGGACUACUGAGCGAAGAGGAUAAGGUAACGGUGCAGGGCAUGACUCUACCAAUAACGACUACCGAUCAAAACAGUCUGAUGGACCAGUGUUGACCAAGAGACCAACAGAGGGAUAGCUACUGCUACUGCGACACUCUGGCAAGCCAACAACUGAAAGAAACAAACUCCUUAGAGUGGAAUGAACUAAAAUCGAAAGACAAUCGAAUGGUUCGUUUCUCCUGUAGAGACAUGACCAAAGCCACUAGACAGACAUUUCUUUCUCCCUAUUUAUUACCUGUUCUUCCUUUAGUCUGGUAUAAUGCAGGACACUGAGGGAAACUCACCAUCCCCAAACCUCAGCUGAAGGAAGGACAGGGAUGGGUUUUCAACUGGAUCAUUCAGAGUUUGGGAUUCAGCACUACACACACAGUUAUUGAUCAGAAUUUUGAGACCACUAACAACAAUGACAGAAAAACAAAGAAAAGAGGAUACAGAAAACUAUUCAUUUUAGGUAGCUGAAUUAAUAGAAAUGAUAUUUCCUAUUACAGUGUGAAAUAAGAAGCAACACCCCACAACUUGAGUGAUUUCUAUCUCAGUCUGAAUUUAGACACAAAUUAUGGUACUCUUAAAUCUUAGCCUAAGUUAAUAUGGCAACGAGCGUUCUUAAAGAGUUUACUCACCAUAAGAGCAGAUUUAUUAAAACACUAAUUCCUGUUUUCACCAACAA